AUGGAGAUCUUCCCAGCACACGUGCGACAUGUGUGGAACGAAUGGGAGCUCCGGACACUGGUUUUGAUAAGCCUGACAUGGCAAGUUAUCCUCAUCAUAUGUGGCUCUUGGAGGAAGCAUGCCAGUGGCGGCUUCAUCAGCUUCGUCGUUUGGGUAACAUAUCUUUCAGCAGAUUGGUUAGCCACAGUCUCGCUGGGCACGCUUGCCAACGACCAGGGAGACGCAGGCAAACAAGAUAGGAAUCACGCGUUGCAGGCCCUUUGGGCUCCUUUCCUCCUCUUGCAUCUCGGCGGCCCUGACACAAUCACUGCUUAUGCCUUAGAAGACAACACCUUAUGGCUAAGGCAUUUGCUCGGUCUACUUGUCCAAGUUUCCGUCGCCUUUUACAUCUACUUAAGAUCUUGGAGCAGCAGCGCUUUGACUUUUAUAGCCAUACCGGUGUUUGUUUCCGGGAUCAUAAAGUAUGCAGAGCGCACUUGGGUUCUGAGGUCAGCUAGCCCGGACCAACUUGAAGAUUCUCUGCUUUCCGCUCCGGCCAUUCAAGCCCCCAAACUGAACAUUUCUUAUGGCGAUCUUGAGAUUGAGUAUGUUGACAAAGGAUACUACUUGCUUCCUGUUCUCAAGCGUCUAUACGCGAAUCUAAGCCUUACAUACUCAGAGGGUCAACGAGCUUUCAGAUCGGUGAUGGGAAAGGAAGAAAAGGAGGACAACAAGGACGGCCAACAACACAGUAAUUAUGCUUUUAAAUUGGUUGAAGUUCAAUUGGGAUUUUUGUAUGACUUGCUUUAUACAAAAGCAACUUCAAUUUAUUCUCUGCCUGGACUCAUUCUUCGAUUCAUUAGUGUUCUCUCCAUAGUGUCUGCACUAGCUUCAUGUGUUGUCCUCGUUGACUCUCGCAACUACUCAAGCGUUGACAUCUAUAUAACAUAUUGUUUAUUUAUCGGUGCCAUUUCACUUGAGCUUUAUGCACUUGUGUCGCUUGUUUUCUCUGACUGGACAUUGCGUUGGCUAAUCAAGAAACAGAGUUCACUGCAGAAUUUCAUAAGCUGGGUUUUGUAUCAUUUUCAGAAAAGGUGGUCAGGGAAGUUAGCUCAACACAACUUGUUGAACUUUUGCAUGAAGAAGAGGGUGAUAAGUUGCAUUGGAAGUGAUUUUCUUUUCAGAAGCUAUUUUGUGCUGGAAUUGUACCGGCAAAGGGCAUGGAAAGAUGCAGAUGCUGAUCUUAAACAGUUGAUCUUUCAAAAUCUCGUAGAAAAGCAAAAGGAAUACGACAGAGAGGGAUUUGAUUACAACUUUCUCAAAAAAUUGCUUUCUUGUAAAGGUGACAAUGCUUUGCUUAAGAACAAAUGCAAAGACAUUGGCUGGAGCGUUGAGGUUGAAUUUGACCACAGUGUACUUAUUUGGCAUAUUGCAACUAACAUAUGCUAUCAUUCUAUGCCAGACAAGUACAAGGACCACAAGCGCGAAGCCGAAGCGAGUAAAAAGAUAUCCAAUUAUAUGUUGUAUCUUCUACUCAUGCGUCCAGUGAUGCUGCCUAAAUGGAUUGAUAGGAUUACACAUGUUCGAAAUACCUUCCGGGAAGCCAUAAGGAUAUUGCAGCGGAAGCAUCCAUCCGUGAAAGAUGCUGCAAGCGCUUCAAGAGUGCUGAUUCAGAUGCACACACAGAGUCACCAGCCGCUUGAACAACUUAGUAAGGAAAAGAGGGGCAAGUCUUUGUUACACGAAGGAUGUCGACUUGCUUCACAGAUAGAAGAUCUUGGAUGUUCCUGGGAGAUGAUUUGUGAGGUGUGGAUAGAGAUGCUUGCUUAUGCUGCAAGUCAAUGUGACUGGACGGCGCACGCUCAGCAACUUCGAAGAGGAGGAGAGUUUCUCACUCAUGUUUGUCUUCUCAUGGCGGACCUUGGUUUAAAUGAACAAUUCGAUAUUGGGCGGAAGGGAGUUACCGUUGAAAGCCAAAAUGAUGGAUGGGGAUGCGUAAGAAACAGGUUAAGGUACCUUAGAUGUAGCAAUUCAUCUGCUUUCAAUGGAAGCUCUUUUAUUGCGCAAGAGCUCAAAUCCAACGUCCUGAUCCUCUUCAUACGACAUAGAAGGCUGGUAAGAUUUGUUGGAGCUGUGUCGGAAGACUCAGAAAAAUCAUUAGAGGGUGUAGUUUCUCUGCCUUGGCAAUUGAAUCUUGAAAAGAGGUCUGAUCUUCAAGACACAGGCUACGAUGACGAUAAGGAGGAGGCUUUGCCACAGCACGAUUUUCUACAAAAUGAUGGUGAAAAAGGAACAUGUGGAGGACGAGGAGGAUGA